AUGGCCAAGGAGUCUGACUUAGAACCGAGUCUGGGGAAAGAAGUAGUAUUUAUGCUGAGACCACCGGGGAGGGGGACGGGGGGAGGCCUUUCUGCCCAGUGUGAAGCUUCUUCAGCCAGCCGCGGCGGAUCUAAGCCUAUGAAUAAGGCUCCGGCGAGUUCCGUGCCAUACACCCAGGUUUCGAUUAUUAAUUUACGCAUCCGCGGCCCUCCGGCACCCUCCGAGGGCUGUGCUGCGCGGGUCACCAGCCCUCCGACGUCGAGCGGCCGGGCUCUCACGCGCACAACUUCCGAGCAGGCCGAGGGCCCGGGCUCCGCGAGCAAGCAGCCCGGAGGGCCGCGCUGGGGGGACCCAGCUCCCCAGCCUUCCCCGGCGCCUCGCCCGGCGGCCGGGGGCAGCCCCAUCAAACCCUGCCCCGGCUCCCGGGAGGCCGCGGCCCGGGCCCCCCAGCCCUCCGCAACUUUCCCUUCGCUAGCGCCCGCCUCUCCUCCGGGAUCGGGGCCUGUCGGGCGCCCUCCCGCCCGCCCUCCUUCCUUUUCUCCCCCGCCCCGACCCCGGGCGGCCGGCCGGCCAGCCGGCCGGCCUCGGGCCGCGGCGCCUCCUCCUAAAAUGGCAGGUCCCUCCCUCCGCCCGGCCGGCCUCGGCGGCGGCGGCGAGGCCGGGCGCCCAGUCGCGGCCGCCGCCGACGGCGGCUUCUUCUUCCCCGAGGAGGAUUUUGUAAAUCUCACAAAAUGGCGCGCGCUCCAAAGCUGCGCAGCGAGGAGCGCCGGGGCCCGAGCGGCGGCGGCGGCGGCGGCUCCUCAGCCAGGAGAGCCCGAACCGCCCGCCCCCGAGUCCCCGCACGGGCAGACGGACACACACUCACACUCUCUCACACACACGCGCGCACGCACCCUCCCCGACCUGGGCCGCGAUCAGCAGCAGCGACGGCAGCAGUCUCCCCGGAUCCCCCCGCCGCUCUCGCCGCCGCCACCCCCGCCUCACUCCAAUGGGGCUUUUUAUUAUUAUUCGGGCGGGAAGCGAAAGGGUUUAAAAAAAAACCCAACCAACAAAAUGGCGACGGACCGACCCGGUCGCUAUAGCAACUGUCAAUCAAAACGCAACCCCCCCCCCCCCGCGGCUGACGUGCUGACGUCCUCCUCCCGCCACCCCCGGCCCCAAGCCGGGGGGCGGGGCCUGUUGCUCGGGCAACGGCAGAUUCCGUUUCCCUCCUUUUCCCUCCGUUCCCCCACCCCUCGGCCUCCGUCCCCGACCGACCAACCACCCAACCCCCCUCAGGUCACGUGA